AUGGCAUCCUUGUUGCUGAGGGGGGCCCUGGCCGUGCGUGCGGCAGACGACUCCCUGGGUUGCGCGUCCUGCGGCUUGCCGGCGAUGGAGAGGGACGCGGAGGAAAAGAUUAUCAUAGAAAUCGCAAAGCAACAAAUUCUAGAUAAGCUACACCUGAAAGAGAGACCGAACAUCACCCAGACGGUGCCCCGAGCAGCGCUCUUAACCGCGCUCCGCAAACUGCACACGGGCAGAGUCAGGCAGGACGGCACUUUGGAGCUGGACAACAAUAUACCUUCCAAAAACAAAGGAUAUGAAAUAGUGAGCUUCGCAGAUUUUGAUGAGACACACAGCAGUGAUGGGCUCAGCCUCAGCCUCAGCUUCCAGUUCCUGCAGGAGCAUGGCCAGAGCAUCCAAGUGCUCCAGUCCUCUCUGUGGGUGUACGCCCGCUCCUCUGAGAACCCUCACCGAAACUCCCGCCUCCUCGCCCGUGUCUUCCUUUCCAGAGAUGAUGGCAGUUCUGGCUCCAACCGCACCCUGGUGAUGGAGAAGAUGCUGGAAGUGCAGGAGAGCAACUGGCACACCUUUCCCAUCACCCGCACACUGCAGGCCUUCCUAGACGGUGGCCAACACCGGCUACAGCUGGAGGUGAUCUGCAAUGAAGAUGGGAAGAACCUUUGCUCCCCGAGUGACCCCAUCAACCCCCUCCACCAGCCCUUCCUGGUGGCGCAGGUACGCCUCCGUGACAGCCACUCCAAACACUUAAUCAGGAAGCGCUCAUUGCGCUGCGGCGAUGAUGUGACCGUGUGCUGCAAGAGGGACUUCUACAUCAAGUUCAAGGAUAUCCAGUGGCAGGAUUGGAUCAUUGCACCUGAGGGUUACCAUAUGAACUACUGCAUGGGUCAGUGCCCCCAGCAUCUGUCUGGCUCCCCGGGUAUAGCCUCCUCCUUCCACGCCACCGUCUUCAGCCAGCUGAAAGUCAACGGUAUCAACACGGCUGUGUCCUCAUGCUGCAUUCCCACAGAGCGCCGACCCCUCUCCAUGGUGUACUUCAACUCACAGCAUAGCAUUGUCAAAACGGACGUCCCCGACAUGAUAGUGGAGUCUUGUGGGUGCACAUAA